AUGUGGAGUUUCUAUUUUUUCUUAUGCAUCUUCUUCAUCUUGUUAACAUCUUUUACACCAUCUUAUUCUUAUCAACCUAGAAGAUUCCUUCAUCAACCUUUUGAUCCACAAAACCCACUCUCACCUUCUCAACAACCUAACCCUUCACCUUCUCCACCUUCUCUCUCACCACCACCACCACCGCCAAAUACUAAAUAUCCAUUUUCCACAAAUACCCCUAAUGCCUCUUCAUCUUCUUCAACACCCUUUUUCCCAACAUACCCUUCACCACCACCACCACCUUCACCUUCCACCUUCGCUUCAUUCCCCGCAAACAUCUCCUCUCUUAUCCUUCCUCAAACCCCUAAACCCAACUCAUCUUCCUCCAAACUCCUCGCCGUCGCCAUUGUCUCCGUUCUUGCCGCUCUCGCUGUUGUCUCUGUUUCUGCUUUUAUAUACUGCCGCAGACGCCGGAAGAGAUUCUCCGGAGAUGAUAAAACACUCAGAUCCGAUAGUAGUAUACGUCUCUUCCCUCGCGAUGGUGGUCCUGUAGUAGCGAAAUCGAGAAAUGUUUCUUCUACUAGCUCCGAGUUUCUUUAUCUUGGUACCAUUGUUAACUCUCGUGGAGAUGAACUACCUGAAUCUCAUCGGAAUACGAGGAAAAUGGACUCGCCGGAGCUUCAGCCGUUACCGCGGCUUGCUCGACAAGGCUCGAGGGUUUACGAUGGAGGUGCUGCUCCGGUGGGGGAAGGUGAAGACGAGGAAGAGGAGUUUUACUCGCCGAGAGGCUCUUUGAAUGGAAAUGGAUCGGGUUCUCGGAGAAUCUUCGCCGGGAUUUCAGCUGAGAAUUUGGUGGGUCGAAGUAGUAAUGAAUCUACUUCUUCAUCUUCUUAUUCGUCUUCUUCUGCUUCACCGGAUCGUUCUCACUCUAUUAGUCUCUCGCCGCCGGUUAGUUUAAGUCCGAGAAGAUCACAAUCGAAGUCGCCGGAAAAUGUACUUUCACAGCCACCGACAGAGACAAUACACGGUAGCGACGGUGGAAGAAGCUCGGUUUCAUCAUCACAAGCUUCUUCGAACCGGAACGUGAGGUCUGCUUCUUCAAUGUCUUCAACACCGGAGAAAAUCUUUGCCGGAGAAUGUCAAUCACCGUCUUUAUCACCGCUUAACCUUUCACCGUCGAAAAACUCUAAUGGGCCUGUUGUUAAUCUCGUAAAGACUGAAUCUUGUAACGGAGAUGCUUCUUCACCAAGAUUAUCAAAUGCUUCUAGUGGUAAAUCUUCCUCUUCAGCGUUUACUCUACCGUCGCCGGAGAAAGUUGCAAUGAUGCAUCAUCAUAACAAUCAUGGGUUGGAUCAGUCUCCAACAAUUUCAGAUGUUUCAGAUCGGUUUAGACAUUCUCCUCUCUCAUCAUUGCCACUUUCACCGACACUUCUUUCAUCGCCAGAGAGAGAGAUGAACCCGAUGAACACUCGACUACCACCGCCGCCGCCACCUCCACCUUCUAGGAAGCAUUGGGAGAUUCCAGACCUCUUAACACCAAUUGUUGAAUCACCAAGUGUUUUGAUUCCACAUGGUAUUGCAUCUCAAAGGAAACAAUGGGAAAUACCGGUCCUUUCAACACCAAUUGCACCUUCUGUUAAAGUUUCAGCCCCACCGCCGCCACCUCCACCACCACCGGCAAUGUCGCAGCGACAACGGAAGCAAUGGGAAGUACCUUCUCCAACAACUCCUGUCGGUCAACCGGUGGUUUGUAGGCCACCGGAACUGAAACCUCCUUCAAGGCCUUUUGUGUUGCAAACCCCUUCAAAUACAUUGGUUUCUCCUGUUGAAUUGCCACCUAGUUUUGAGGAGAAUGCAGAAGAGGUUUUGAAACCGAAGUUGAAGCCUUUGCAUUGGGAUAAAGUGAGGGCUAGUUCUGAUCGUGAAAUGGUUUGGGAUCAUUUGAGGUCCAGCUCUUUUAAGUUGAAUGAAGAAAUGAUAGAAACAUUGUUUGUGGUGAACACGCCAAAUCCAAAACCAAAGGAUGCUACUCCACGUUCAGUUCUUGCACCUCAAAAUCAUGAGGAUAGGGUGUUGGAUCCUAAAAAGUCUCAAAAUAUUUCUAUCUUACUUCGAGCGGUUAACGUUACGGUAGAGGAAGUGUGUGAAGCACUGUUAGAAGGUGUUACUGAUACACUUAAUACCGAACUACUCGAAAGCUUGUUAAAAAUGGCGCCAAGCAAGGAAGAAGAACGCAAAUUGAAGGAAUAUAAAGAAGACACUCCAAACAAACUUGGUCCUGCUGAGAAGUUUUUGAAGGCAGUGCUUGAUGUACCUUUUGCAUUUAAAAGGGUCGAAGCUAUGCUUUACAUAGCCAAUUUUGAGUCUGAAGUGGAGUAUCUUCGGAAAUCAUUUCAAACUCUAGAGGUUGCAUGUGAAGAGCUGCGAAACAGUAGAAUGUUCUUGAAGCUACUAGAAGCCGUGCUAAAAACCGGGAACCGCAUGAAUGUUGGAACAAACCGAGGUGAUGCGCAUGCGUUCAAGCUCGAUACACUUCUAAAGCUGGUUGAUGUCAAAGGCGCAGACGGAAAAACAACUCUUCUGCACUUUGUCGUACAAGAAAUCAUUAGAACCGAAGGAGCUCGUCAUUCGGACACGACUACUACAACUACCACUACUACUAGUGUUACUAAUCAAACACCAAGCACAACAUUAAGCGACGACGCCAAGUGUAGGAGGCUUGGUCUUCAAGUAGUAUCUAGUCUAAGUUCUGAUCUAGCGAAUGUUAAGAAGGCUGCGGCAAUGGACUCUGAAGUUCUCACGAGCGAAGUCUCUAAACUUUCAAAAGGAAUCAAACACAUUAUCGAGAUUGUGAAAUUGAAUCAAACAGCAGGAUCUGAUGAAAAUGUUCGUAAAUUCACAGAAUCAAUGAACAAGUUCAUGAGAAUGGCCGAGGAAGAGAUUGUGAGAAUUCAAGCACAAGAAAGUGUUGCAUUAUCACUAGUGAAAGAGAUCACAGAGUAUUUUCAUGGAAACUUAUCUAAAGAAGAAGCUCAUCCAUUUAGAAUCUUCAUGGUAGUAAGAGAUUUCUUAACAGUUCUUGAUAGAGUGUGCAAAGAAGUUGGUAAUAUAAAUGAAAGGACCAUGAUUAGUUCAGCUCAUAGAUUUCCUGUCCCAGUGAACCCUAUGCUUCCACAACCACUUCCUGGUUUACAUGGAAGGAAACAUUACAGUUCCUCGGAUGACGAUAAUCCAUCGCCGUAG